UUUAACCUGUUCAGAGCGGGGUAUAGGAGGAGAAGAGCGUGUAAACAAUGCGUUUACGUUGUUUAGAUAUUCUGUUAAAUUUUAAAGUUUAAUAACUAUUUUAUUAGCUGUUUUAUUUGGUUAAGCAUUAGCGUUUAGAUUAGCUCAUCUAACAGAAAGUACAGUGCGGAGUUAUCGUUAACAUUAACGCCUCAGAAAGUCUCCACUGUAACGUUUGGAUUAGUUAACUUUAGCUCGUUAGCAAACUAGCUUAGCUGUAGCUGUGUUACUAGGCUAACUAGUUAGCAAACUCAUUUAGCUAUUUAACUAAUUAUUUAUAAGCAUAUUUGCUCCGUUUAAGCGAGAUUACUGUGUUUAAAACUCUAGCUAGUUGUGUUUAAGGCUAGUGAGAGCCGUGGAUAAGAAAGCAUGACAGCUACAAGAAAACAGCAAGUGAAUGAAGCAGUUGCUUUAAGGACCUACUGUAAGAAGCGAAUUCAACAUAUAGAGCAACAAAGAGGUUCACAUAAAUGUACUGAAGAGCACCAGAGAAGAUGUACUUUCAUGGAACCUGUAGAGCCCAUUAGGGAUCAAAUGGUGCCUGUGCGGUUUAUAGGCACAUUAAGGCUAAAUACUUUUAGAGAGGAGAUGAGAAGGGGGGCUGAGCAGGACUUCCACGAACCCUCUCGCUGCAGAGCCUGUCUGGCUAAACAGGCUGACUUGGCCAUGAACUUUUUUAUCAGGAAGAAGAGGAAUCAACUUCAGGCUCAACUACUGCAGGAGAAAAUGGAUUUACAUCUCUACAAUAAGGACACGGUUUGCUUGCUUGGGGAAAUGCUGAAAGAUAUGCCUAAACCAUCAGACGACCCUUGUGAAAUCUGGAAGAGACUGCUCACAACUGAAAGACAGACAUCACACAACAAUAAUAAUAAAUGAGAGAUUAAUUUGUAUCGCUA